CUCAUGGGGCAAUUUAGCAUAACAUCGCCUACAAGUUUUAAGACUCCAUCACUACUCCAGCAAACACAGAAGCUACCAGUCUUCAAUCCAGACAAAAUGGCAAGCAAAUUGUCCACAGAGCAGAUCACAGAGUAUAAGGGCGUGUUUGAAAUGUUUGACGAAGAAGGGAAUGGGGACGUGAAGACUCAGGAGCUGGAGAGGCUGAUGAGUUUGAUGGGAAUCAACCUGACAAAGAGGGAACUGAUUCAAAUGGCCAAAGAUGUGGAUAAAGACGGCAAAGGCACCUUUAACUGUGACAGGUUUCUGGGUCUUAUGGCACUUUACAAUGAGCGAGCUAAAAACCAAGAUGCUGAACUUCGAGCUGCCUUUAAAGUAUUUGAUAAGGAUGCCAAGGGCUACAUUGACUGGAAUACACUCAAGUAUGUGCUGAUGAAUGCUGGCGAACCUCUAAAUGAAGAAGAGGCAGAACAGAUGAUGAAAGAGGCUGACAAAGAUGGAGAUGGAACAAUUGAUUACGAGGAAUUUGUUGCCAUGAUGAACGGAGACUCAUUCAAGAUGACCUGAGCCUGAAAGCAUCUGGAUGAAAUGUAAAUGCAGAUCCCAG